ACGCUUGGUCAUAUGUUAUGGAAGCAGUCCGAUAGAUGUAAAAUCAGUGGUGGGAUUAACUUUCACUCCCGUUGAGGGCGAUCGACAGGUAAAUUCGCGUUAACAAUGUACUUUGACCCUCGUCGCUCCCACUACAUUGUCAAGACAAGGGAGACUCGGAAGUGGCGUCUUCUAUGGCAAAGGGGAAACUAAAGAAGAAGCCAGAAUAUACAUCUUCAGUCUCGGGGGUGGCCCAGGCAAGCCAGAAAGAAAUGACACUCCAGGAGGAAUGUUUUUCUCUCAUCGCCGCCCUCACGUUGGUCGUAGCCGUGUGCGUGGUGCCUCUGACAGCUGAAAUAUCUCCCUCUGGCCUCUCUCAUCAUAAGCACAAAGCCCUGAAGAUGGAUGAGGCCAUUCUGACAGUCAACAAUGAGCUGAAUGCCGAGGUGGUGGUGUCCUGGGUGUCAGAGCGAUGCUAUCGGUGUUUGUACCAGCAGCUGGGGGUGCUACCCGCAGCGCUCAAUCCUGGCCAGCCCAGUUCUGCAAACUACGUCAUGAGCACACAGCAUGAAAUUACACUACAGCUCAUUAGCGCCACUGUCAACAAGGAGCUCUGCACGGUUCCAUUCCACUUUGGGGAGCACGGGAACUACUCUCUUUGGGUAAAGAAUCUGAACAAUUCCUCGGUGGUCAACUGCUCCGUGGUGACCGACGAAAGACCCGUCAACAGCUACAUACCGAUCUUGGUAGCUUUCCUUAUCUUCGCUGGGCUGGCCUUGGCUUCUGCCAUCGGAACAAAAAUAUUCGGGCUUGACGUAGUGAAGGGCAUCCUGUUCCGAAUCAGCAGCUCCAUGGAGACCGAGAGGCUCAUCAACUCAGAGCUGGGCUCCCCUAGCAGGACGGUGUCCCUCGUUGCUGACAACAUCCUCCCUCCAGCCCCCAACCCCAGCAAGAGGCUGCGAUCUCUGGACACAUUCCGAGGCUUGUCCUUAGUCAUGAUGGUGUUCGUGAACUACGGAGGAGGGCGGUACUGGUUCUUCAGACACGAAAGCUGGAAUGGCCUGACUGUCGCCGAUCUAGUCUUCCCUUGGUUUGUGUUCAUAAUGGGGACUUCCGUCGCCCUGUCGAUCAACUCCAUGCUCCGCACUGGCGCCACCCGCCUCUCGCUGCUGAGGAAAGUGGCGUGGAGGAGCGUGCAGCUCUUCGCCAUCGGUGUUUUCAUCAUCAACCCAAACUACUGCCAGGGGCCGCUAUCUUGGGACAACCUGCGGAUCCCUGGUGUGCUGCAGCGCCUAGCCUGGUCCUACUUGGCUGUGGCCUGUCUGGAUCUGUUGGUGGCAAGAGGCCAUCUUGACAUCCUCACAACGAGUGUCUCUGCUCCCCAGGAGGCUUGGUGGUCCCCAGGCCUCGACGUCUUGCUGUACUGGCCCGCCUGGCUGUGUGUGCUUGUCUUAGAAGUGGUCUGGCUGUGCCUCACUUUCCUGCUUCCUGUGCCAGAUUGCCCAACAGGCUAUCUGGGUCCAGGUGGGAUCGGGGACAUGGGCCAGUACACAAACUGUACCGGUGGAGCGGCCGCUCUCAUUGACCGGUGGCUGCUUGGAGAGAGCCACAUCUACCAGACUCCCUCGUCACGGGUGAUUUAUUCAACUGGUAUGCCACACGAUCCAGAAGGUGUUCUCGGCAGCAUCAACUCCAUCCUCAUGGCUUUUCUUGGACUGCAGGCUGGAAAAAUAAUCUUACACUACAGAGAUCUCCACACCAGCAUAAUAUCAAGAUUCCUCAUAUGGGGUCUCCUACUGGGAGUCAUAUCAGCAAUUCUGACCAAGUGCUCCACCGACCAGGGCUUCAUUCCCGUCAACAAAAACCUCUGGUCUCUGUCCUACGUGACGACGCUGGCCUGUUUUGCCUUCGUGCUGCUGGUGCUGGUCUACUACACAGUGGACGUGAAGAGGUGGUGGUCUGGAGCCCCUUUCUACUACCCUGGUAUGAACUCCAUCCUCGUGUACGUGGGCCACGAGGUGUUCGAGGAGUACUUCCCCUUCCGCUGGACCAUGGCCAACAGCCAAUCCCACGCCGAGCACCUCACGCAGAACCUCGUGGCCACCUCCUGUUGGGUCUUCAUCUCCUACAUGCUCUACAGGAAGAAGAUUUUCUGGAAGAUCUAAACGAUGGGACCCUCUGGGAGAAAGGCCAAAGACAGAAUUGAAACAUUUGGCAAGCGGGAAACUGGAAACCGAUCAGUUUUGGAAAAUAUGCUGGUUCUCUGUCUCUGGACAUUUAUUUUUUAUUUCAGUCAUUAAUUUACAAGCCUUUUUUUCCCCUUCGAAAGAUCUUCAGCUACGAAGCGGCUGCCAAAUAUCUUAACUGACUCAGGAAGAGUGCGUCCAAGACUGGCGAUGGGAAUUUGUAAUUACUGACUUUGUUGAUCUGCCAUCUGACGGCAUUUAUAGGCGCUUGGUUUUCAUUCCUCAUCUCGCACCGCAGCAGCAGGCUGUUGCCGUGGUGGUUUGUUGACUUCCCUUUAGGAGAAUCCCCGCUGCCAUCUUCAGUGCUGUCGCAUUACUCUGAAAAGCUGAAGUGUUUUUUUUUUUGUAUGUGAGACUGACUCUUCAAGAGCAGGAGGAGGCAUGACAUGAUGCACCCCAGAGAGAGACAGAAAGACAGAAGGCUACUCGCCACUCGUUAUUUCCACUGCAGAGUGGAAGAUGGAAGUGAUAUUUAAAAUGAGAGGAAACCAGGAUGUGGUGUGACAUAUGAAGCGCUGAGGAAGUGAAGGAGGGCAUGUCAGAUGACUUCAAUGCUUGCUUUGCUUUUUCUUUUUGUUGGUCCAUGCCAAAGCCUGCAUGUGUGGGAGUUAUUUUUUGGCCAGUUUUUUUUUUUGGGACUGACCUUUUAUAUUUCGUAACCCUUUUCAUGUUGGCAUUGACACAAGUGAUUUAUUGUCCCUUCCUCUUGCCGAAAGUUUACCAUUUCUAUUCCAUUGCCAUGUCCAGUAGUUGUAAUUGUUGGGUUUAGAGAAGUGGCGAUCAAACUGUUGCCGCUCUCACAGUACUGUACACAUUCUACGAUUGGCAGGUAUUACUUUUAUUACCACAAGAUCAUGUUAAGUCUGUGAAAUAUCCAAAUGCUGUGGGUGAUUUAUGGAGUAAUUCUUCAUCCUGCACUUUCUCAAUUUAUAUUAAUUGUGCCAAAAUGUAUAUACACUGUUUUUAUAUGCACCAUUAAAAAAAUGAGUAUGUAAUAAAAUUGUAAUAUCUAAAACAUU